GUGUGUGGGGUUCAGUUGACGAGAGUGUGUGGGGCACAGUUGACGAGAGUGUGUGGGGUUCAGUUGACGAGAGUUUGUGAGGUUCAAUCGACGAGAGUGUGUGGGGUUCAGCUGAUGAGAGGGUCUGAGGUUCAGUCAGUCUUCCGUCGGGUGCCAAGCAUCUCCAGUCCAGAAUUGUCCCAUUUUCCGUCUUGGCCACUGAAGACCCAGAGAAGAAAGCUUGUACUGGAUAUAAAUGCAACUGGUGCAUGUCCACAGAGAAUCAUAGGUGGCGAAGAGGUAACACCGUACUCCAUCAAGUACCAAGUGUCCAUCCAGUUCAACAACCAGCACUACUGCGGCGGAACCCUUAUACACCCACAAUGGGUCGUCUCUGCUGCCCACUGCUGGAGGCCAAGCUACCUGAUCCAGGUGGUCCUUGGCGAGCACAACCUUGGGGUUAAAGAGGGCUUUGAGCAGGUGGCCAACAUCUCCAGGAUCAUUGUCUACUACAGCUACAACUACCGCACGUUUGACAACGACAUCAUGCUGGUUAAGCUGGAGCGCCCUUUGGAACUCAAUGCCAACAUCCAGCCGGCGCUGUUGCCCAGUGAGGACAGCUCCCUGCUCCCUGGCACUGUGUGCACGGUGAGCGGCUGGGGCGUCACCAAGGUGUACAGUUACUACCUGUCGCCCGUGCUCAGGGCUGUGGACGUCAACACCAUCCCCAACUGCCAGUACUACUACUACUUCAGGAUAUCGGAGAACAUGCUGUGCGCAGGCACAAGCUUUGGGGGCAAGGACUCCUGCCAGGGUGAUUCGGGCGGUCCGCUCAUCUGCAACGGGCGCUUCGAGGGCAUCGUCUCCUGGGGCAUCAGCUGUGCCAACCCCUACUUCCCCGGCGUCUACACUAAAGUACGCAACUACGUGCGCUGGAUCAACUGGAUCAUCAAGAACGACAGCUCCGAUUAGAGCCGUCGGCGUCCACACAGAGACUCAGGCCCACGGGCCAGGCACGCAGCACACACACACACACACACACACACACACUGUGCCCUGAUGGGCACUCAUCCCUGUUGGCUUCCCCCCUCCCAACACGGUGUGUGUGUGUGUGUGUGUGUAUGUAUGUAGGGGGACACAGGGCGAUCGCCCAUUAAGGGCACAGUGUGUGUUUAUGAGUGUGUGUUGAAGGGAGCCUUCUAGUAUGAGUGCUCGUCAUAGUCACAGUGCGUGCGUGUGUGUGUGUGUGUGUGUGUGUGUGUGUGUGUGUCUGAAGAGCAUGUGUGUGUAUUGGGGGUGAGGGAGUUAAAAGAGUUCAUUACAUAACACAGUUGACAGACUUGACAGUGGGGGCGCUGUAGAGGGGUUUGGGUAACCUGGGGGCAGCUGGAGCAGCUGGUCAUUCUCCAUGAGAGCACAUGGAGCAACUCUAACAGAGACAAAACACAGACCUGACCUUCACUCACCGAGACGCAACAUUAAAGGCACAGUUCAUGAUCUAAUCGUAUGUCAAAUUCAGCAAAUAGCUGUCAGCUCCGUGUAAACACUCACAUAAUAUACUGAGUCAUCCACUGUUCCAGCCAAUCACACUGGUUCUUCAGGAGAACGGAGGAGAGGGGGGCCGUUUGAUUGGCUGUUGAGCUCAGGCAUCAACAUCAACUUUCCUUCACCAGAGUUGCAGACCAU